AUGAUGAAUUCGAGUUCAUCAGCAGAAGGUGUUGAAUCCUCUUCCUCUUCCACAUCGACCUAUUCUUCCUUUUCCUCUUCCGAUGCUGAAUUAUUAAAUUCUUCUUCUUCGUGGCAUUAUCCUCAUGCUCUUCCUAGAAGAGGUCUACAAGAUGAUCCAAGAAGUGUUAUAUCUUCUUCUGUUCUUGUUGAAGAUGAUGAUAAUGAAUUAGACGUCGAUACCUCUCGAGAAGAUCCUUUCCACAAGAUUUACCAACAAGAAGAAGAAGAAGACUAUUUAAUGGAUCCUCAUGAUGAUGAAUCCGAAACGAUCCAUCACCAUCAUCAUCAUUCAAGAAGGGAUGACUUUGACGACCAGUUGGAACCUUUCUCUUUGUAUUCUGUCACCGAUGAUGAUCAUGAUUCAAAUUCCUAUUUGACAAAUUCAUCACUCGAAUCAAUCAAGAAGAGAACUUUAAAGAAACGUCUCGCUGCUCUUCAACAACAAGUUGAUGCCGAGAAUGUUUGUUUCUUGUUGUUGUGUGGUUCUGUCUUUCAUACGACUCGAAUGCAACAACAACGAAUGGAAUAUUUGAAAAAGACGUCGAACAGAGAGAAUCAACAACAACAACCAUCACAACAAUUACAACUAUCACAACAACAACAACCACAUGGACAUGGAGGAAAUGGUUCAUCGUUGGGUUCUUCUUCAUUGUUUUACAAAUCAUUACCUUUUGGAGAGAAGAUUCGACACAUUUCAUGCGGUUCGAAUCAUUACAUGAUUUUGACAGAGAGUGGAAGAUUGUUUUGUAGUGGAAGAAAUGAUUUUGGACAAUUGGGUAUUCCAGAAACUUUGAAUCAAAGAAUGACAAACUCGACAUAUUUGGAUUUCAAUGCUCGUUUGGGAGGCCCCAUGAAUGCGACAUCUCCCAAUGACAACAACAGUAAUGGAUUCAAUUUAAUCUCACCCAGAGAAAGUGUUCCAAUGGUGUCACCUCGAGCCACAAUCGCUGCAUCAGCCACAACUACAACUACAAAUCAUGCACCACACCUCAUUCCCGAACAAGUGACACUUUUACAAAAAGAAUUUAAUCCUCAUCACGAUUUGGAAUUAAAUUUUCUUGUGGAAUGCAAUUUGAAAUUACUCAUUCCUACAGUCGAAAGUAUUGGAAAACCAGUUUUACCAAAACGAAGAGCCUCUCGAGCAUUUUCAAGAAUGAAUGAUUUACAACAAAAUUUUGGAGUUCGAUUAGUUUCUUGUGGUUCCAAUCACACCAUCAUUGUGACCAAUAAUGGAGAUUUAUAUUCCACAGGAGCAAAUUCUGAAGGUCAAUUGGGAUUGGGUGAUUUUUGUGACAGAUUCAUCUUUUCGAAAAUUAAUGUUUGUUUGGAACAAGCCAUUCAACAAUUGCAUUGUCAAUUUAAUCAUAGUGCCAUCAUUACUACUCGUGGAGAGUUGUUUGUGUGUGGAUCGAAUGCUAAUGCCGAAUUGGGUCUCUUACUUCCCAAAGCAAAAGUGAGUGUCUUUUCACAAGUUCCACUCAACACUCCUGUAAAAUCCAUUCGAUUUACCAUCGAUUGCACCGUCGUAUUGAGCACAGAUGGAGACUUGUACAGUUGUGGAAUUGGUGGAGAGCUCAAUGAUCAAAAUUUUGGAGAUUCUUCCACUUGGAUGGAAGAGAAACGAUUUACCAUGUAUAGAAAAAUCUCAAUUAUUCCAUCUUUUAAAAAAGUGAAUAUUCCAAAUGAAAAAUUUGAACAAAUUCAUUGUGGAGCGACAUUUACACUUGCAUCCACAGCCAAUGACGACAUUUUUGUGUUCAACAAUGGAUCCACAACGACAGCAAACAGCUCAGGAGAAGAAUAUUCACCAAGACACAAUGCUAAUGCUACUACUGUGAAUGGCAGCUCAUCAACCUCUGUGAUGGAUUAUUAUCGUCAAUCCAUGUUGUUACCAAACAAAAACAGCUCCUCUUCGAAUCAGCAUUCCACAAAACCAUUCAAAACAUUUCGAUUGAAAGCAAAAGAGACGGAUGACAUUCCUUUCACGACCAAAAUUAAGGACAUUUGUUGUGGAUAUCAUCAUGUCAUGAUUACAGAUUAUCUUGAUCAAUUUUAUGGAUUAGGAAGAAAUGAUGAUGGAAGAUUGGGAUUUCUUUCGAAAAGACCUUCUUCGUGUGAUUCUUCAAACAAGAAACAACAACCAAAUGCAGAAAAGAAACCUAUUUAUGUGAAUGAGGUCAAACGUGUGGAAUUUUCAAAUCGUCUUCUCAUGCAAACAUUUAAUUCAGUGGCUUGUGGAGAAAAGUUUACCAUCUUUUACAACAAGAUGGAAGAAGAGUUUUUGAAAAAAAGAAAAACACAUCCAAUUCCUCUCAAACCAUUAUUUAUGAAACGAGUUCACACGUCUGUGAAAGAGACAUCCUUGAAUGUCUUUCUACCUCUGUUGCAACAAUCAUGCCCAAGUUUGGCUCAAAUGCUUUCUGAGAAGGGGCGCUGUGUGAAUGUGUCACAACCAUCAGAUGUCCCACUUCUUCAAUUACUGAUUGACACAAUUACGAAUGAACAAGAUCUAGAUCAUGAUCAUACCCUCAUGAAUGAUGGAUCCAAAUUAUUAAGGUUAUUAUUUUUAUUAUCUAUUUAUGUGAAAUCGGGAGAACAAGUUCAUCUCAAGAUGAAAAUUUUGUGGAAAUUAUUGAACUUGAUUGAUAUGGAAAAUGUGAAUAUCUUUUUAAAAGACAUUGUUUCAUGCAUGGAAGAAAUGGAUCAUCUUGAAUCAUCCAAUUUCUCAUCUCAUCAACACAAGAUCAAUUCAACAAUUCUUAAAACAUUGAAUGAAUGUCACGAGAUGAUUCUCCAUGACAUUUCAAACACCUCCUACAAGUGGAUGUUCUUACUUGGAGAAUAUUGCAAAGAUUUAUUGGACAUGUCACUCGAUGUGAAAUCCGAGUUUGCUCAACAAUUAGUGAAACAAAAAUUACCAAACUUGUUCAAGAACACUUCUCUCACCUAUUCCAUAAUUGUUGGAAGUGAAUUAUCACAUGCACAUCCUACUCUGACCACUGUGACCACAUUGGGAUCCACAAGAAAAUCUCUUUACAAUCAUCAAGAGACAAGUGACAUUAAGGUCGCACUCAAUCAUCAUCGUUCACAUUUCAUUCAAGCUCACAAAACCAUUCUUGCCAGUUGUUCUCCAGUCUUGGAUUCAUUUCUAAGAAAAUUCUCAUCAGAUCUGAAUGAUGACACCAAUCACAACAACAAUGGCAUGGAAACUCUUGAUUUAUAUUCUCUAUGUUUUGGAAGUGAAUUACAUUUAUUGAAUCGAAAUUUCACUCAAAAAGCGCUCGAACUUUCAUUGCAAUUGAUGUACGACUGUGAUGGUGGUAGUCACAAUGAUUGUGACAACAACACGACGACCAAUUCCAAUUCUUUUCUUUCUCCCUUCAUGGGUCCCAAAGAUGGAAUUGAUUUAUUUUUCUGCAUGCAAAUAGUAGCACUUAAAUUACAAUCUUCAUAUCUUCAACAAAAGGGAUUUGAAAUUUUGGAAUUAUUGAAAAAGAAUUUUGUGGACGAUCAUACCAUUUCACUUGUCGAGAGAGCUCUCGAUUUUAUGGAAAGUUAUAAAUUACAGGAUUCAUUUAAGGAAGAUUUCACACGAGUGAUUGUAAGACUUGUGAAUGAUAAAUGGUCUUCUCUGUCGGCAAGAUGUCGUUCCAGAGAUGACUGGAAAUAUAUUUUACAAUUGUUUUAUAAUGUUGUGGAAGAGGAACAAUAUUAUGGAUUUUUAUAA